GUGGCUUUCGGCGUCCUCUUGGGGCCGCUGGUAAAAGCCCUCGGACAAGUCCGUACACUGCAGUUGUGCCUGGCCGCCUCAGCUGCUGUGCCGCUGCUGACUGCCGUCUGCAAGGAUCAAUGGCAGCUGGGUGUGCUGACUCCAAUUCUGGUGUGCCCGGUCGUCAUGUCGAUACCUCUGGUUUCGGCAUUGAAGAGCGCUGUGGUCUCGUCGCGAGAUCAAGGACUAAUUCAAGGGGCCGUGGCCUCCAUGACGAAGGGGGCGGCGACGGCCGGCUCCCUCAUUUUUGGCUCGGUCUUCGCCGCGACAACCGGUGGUGGAAAGGCGAACUCCACUGGAGCGGUGUUGCCAUGUUUUGCUUUGGUUGCGUGCAUCUACGCACUUGCUGCUGGCAUGGCGUGCACGCUGCCGACUGUUCCUCCUCCUGCGAGCGACAGCGCAGAUGCGGCAGAGGUGGAGCUAGCAG